AUGCCCUACACCUUGGAGGAGCGUCAACGAGUCUACCGGACCUGCCGGGCAAUCUUCAGUGGCGACGCCGCUCUCUUCCGCAAGCCGAAGAAAAUCAAAGAAACUCUUCUUCACAAUCGCGGCCCUCUUAAGCAUGUCUUCCAGGAGUUUGGCGAAGUUAAGCUCGCAGAUAUGGUGAAGAAGUUACUGGAGAAUCGGCUCUUCGAGUCAGACCUACGAGCCAAAGUCGAGUUUCCUGAGCUUUUCAGGACAUCCCCGCAACAAGAUGCUCAGCGAGAAGCAUCGGAAGCGGAUGCGGCAAAAUCAGUUGCAGAAUGCCUUGGUGAGAUCGCGCGCUUCGAAGAGGAGGAAGAGAUCACAGAGGCGAAUGAUCUUGAAUUUCCCACGAAACCGCUGAACGAUGAAGUGAGCAUUGAAGAAACUGCUAUAGUACCUACCUCACUCAAAUCAUCCAUCCCAUCGCUGUAUCCAUCUUACGUACCAUACGGUGCACAACACGCCAUUCUGACCACGGCUCAGACGGUCUUAGAAGAGUGUUGCUUCGAUUUCGCUAGCAAAACCAUUCCGGACGCCCUUAGUAAGAGAGGAUGGGAUUGCGCAUCCGCGGUAGAGUUGACCAAGUGGGCCAGAACCCUCCACAAAGAGCUCCCCCAGGGCUUGUCAGGAGCAAUUGUCCAGUCUGCAUUGGUUUCGACUCACCAACUACGACAUACCGCCGUCCACCGACUACGCACCACUGCUCGCGGUAUCAGUCGGCUCCUAGAGUCGGCGGUGGGACUUGCAGAGGCUCUCAAUGAUGUCCCUCGCGCAGCUCAGUUAGAAGAGCUGAAGUCGGAGUUGGAUAGCAAGAUCAAAGCCAUGGAAAUGAGCAAGAACGUGUUGGAAGAUCGUGCGGCAGCUGGGUUAGAAGAAAUACGCCGCCAAAGAGAGGAGCUAGAUCGCCAGGAAAAGCAACUUGUAUUCGACAUGUUGACUGAGGACCGCGAGUACAAGGACCUGGUGGGGAAGCUUCUUUUGGCAUCAGUCAAGGACAUCUUUGAGGACAGAACAGACGACGGAAUAGGCAAGGAGGUGGAGCAUGUGAAUGGAGAAGUCCAUGUCAACAGCGCCAAACUUAGCUCAGCGGACGAGAGCGAGGACGACCCGGAUCUGUUACUGCAAUAA